AUGAAUAUCGACAAAUUGAUCUUGUUUGGUGACUCGAUCACGCAGUACAGUAACCAAAUUGUGGACGGGUUUGCACUACAACCUGAACUACAGGAUUUGUACAUUAGACGAUUAGACAUUCUCAAUCGUGGCUUUAGCGGAUAUAAUUCAGAACACGCUAGGUUGAUUCUUCCCAAAAUCCUCGAAGCAGAGUUGAAUGAGUCAAAGAACAAUGUGAAAGUGAUGACCAUAUUUUUUGGCACCAAUGAUGGUUUUGUUGGUAUAAAUUCCAUCCAGCCAGUAGAGUUACCAAGGUACAAAGAAAACAUAGCAUUCUUGGUUAAACUAGCACUAGAGAACAACGUGAAACCAAUUGUGGUUGGACCUAGCUUGCAUGAUCCUAAAAUUGGAGCUGAGUGUUUUGAGUACCUACAGGAGCAGGAAGCCGUGACGUGUGAGAGAUAUUUGCAUUAUUCAGAAGCAGCAAAAAGUGUUUGCCUAGAGUUCAAGGUUCCGUUUAUUGAUUUAUGGGAAGGGUUUAGAAAAGAUGGUGGCUGGACUAAGGAGCAGUUGUUUGCUAUUAGAAAAGAUUCUCCUCAUGGGGAGGUUCCCUCAUUGGGCGCCUACUUGUGCGAUGGAAUUCACUUUACCUCCAGAGCGUACAAGAUAUUGUUUAGAGCUAUUGUAAAAGCGAUUGAGCAAAACUAUCCCGAGUAUUUACCCCAAAAUUUGCCUUAUAAACUAGCGUACUGGAGAGAUAUAGACCACACAGAUUUAGAUUCCAUCUUCAAGGAAAAGGAAGGCAAAGAUAGCAUAUAUUAG